UGUGCUAUGUUCAAAGACGGCAUGUCAAUUGACGUAAACAAUCAAUUCAAACCAAGUUUUUGGGAGUAUGUCUGCUAUUUUUGUCUGCUAUUAAAAAAAAAAAAGAUUUUACAAGAAUGUAAACGUAAUGGUUGAAUGAGAGUAUGCAUGUAAUCUGAAACGAGAACAGCUGCGUGUCCGGUCGGAACCUGAACGCACCAGAGCGACACUGUUGUCAAGAGAAGCGUUGCUAACCUUAAUUCACCACACGGGAGGUCGCUUGUAACGUUAAGCGAGGACACGUUUGAAUAUAAUUAUAUAUUUGUCUCCGCGACAGAAAGAAGAUGCUGGGGUAUAUCUGGACGUACAUCUACACGUCCGUCCUGAGAUACUGGCUGAAGUGGUUUAUCCGACAGGCAACAGGAACAUGUGAGCUGCAGAGAAUAUGUUCAGGAUACAAACCUGGGGCUGUAAGGACAACAAAAGCAGAAUAUUCUCUGCGAUCAUCAAAGAACAAGGUUUUAAGAGGAGCUUUGGAAACAAACAAGGAUAAUUUAGAGCAAUGUGUGGCUCAAAUUAUGAAAGAGAAGAAUGUCAAACCCCAGAAAGAUCCACUCUUCAAGGAAAGCCUACACAUCUGUCUGUUACAAAUAACAGGAAACAGCAGCCUGUAUAUAUCUGUGGAAGAUUUAAGAAAGGAAGUCUUCAACUCUGAAAACCAGGGACAUGAGGCCAUGCUGUUGAAGCUGUGGGACCUGUUGAUGCCAUCAGUCAAACUGGACUCGAGGAUAACCAAACAGUGGGGAGACAUUGGAUUCCAAGGAGAUGACCCCAAGACGGACUUCAGAGGAAUGGGAAUGCUGGGCUUAAUCAAUCUUGUUUUUUUCAGUGAAAACUACACAGAGGAGGCUCGUCAGGUGUUGUCUCAUGCAAACCAUCCUAAACUAGGGUAUUCAUAUGCCAUCGUUGGGAUUAACUUGACAGAGAUGGCCUACAGUCUCCUGAAGAGUGGUGCUUUGAAACCCCAUUUCUACAAUACAGUGCUGGGCACGCCUGACCUCCGACACUUUCAUCAGCUAUACUGUUAUCUGGCAUAUGAAUUUGAUAAAUUCUGGUUGGCUGAAGAACCAGAAAGCAUCAUGGAGUUCAAUCAGUACAGAGAGAAAUUCCAUGACGUAGUCAAGACACAUCUACAGGACCCUGAUGUGACCCUCACGCUGACUGUCUGUUCUAAAAACUAACAUUAUUCAGAAAUAUUUCCUCACCUCUCCACGGCCUCUGACUUUGUUUGAUUGGGUAGAGAAAGACGAGAUGCGAAGCUGAACAUUAAAAACAUCAAAAUCAGACUGAAGCCGUUUCAUAAAUUCUAAGAAAUUAAUCCUAAUAUGUUUGGUAUUGUGGUCCAACGUUUAAACUCUAUUCCUCUUGUUACUGUAAUAUUAAAGGGUUUUAUGAUAGAGCACCAAUCUACGCUGUGUACCUCCAAAAAAGACCAUUCCAGUGUUUAAUUAACCUUUUGAGAAGGAGACAUGAGAGAGACAUAAAAGGUUGGUCUUUUAUGAGGAUUUAACUACUUUCUGUGAGCAAGCUGCCAAUUGGUUGCAGUUAAAA